AUGAGCAGUCUCUGCGGUGACCUGAGCAAUGUUUACCACAACCAGGUGGACGUGAGGAAUCUCUCUUUACCCUACAACCUGAGCUGCGAGGACUAUGACUUCUCGGGCUAUGAGAGGCAGGACUUCACGGCGGACAGGACUUUCUGCGCUGCCAGGGCAGUGAUCGGGGUGGCCCUGGCGUGCAUCAUGCUGGUGUGUGGAGUGGGCAACCUCAUCUUCAUCGCCACACUGGCCCGCUACAAGAAAUUACGUAACCUGACCAACCUGCUGAUCGCCAACCUGGCCAUCUCAGAUUUCCUGGUGGCAGUUGUCUGCUGCCCCUUUGAGAUGGAUUACUACGUGGUCAAACAGCUGUCCUGGCUGCACGGUCACACGCUCUGUGCCUCCGUCAACUACCUCAGGACCGUCUCCCUCUACGUAUCCACCAAUGCGCUCCUCGCCAUCGCAGUGGAUCGGUACCUGGCCAUUGUGCACCCUCUGAAACCUCGCAUUAAAUACCAGACAGCCUGUGUGCUCAUUGUGGUGUGGGUCAUCUCCCUGCUCGUGGCCAUCCCGUCCGCCUACUUCACCACCGAGACCAUCAUCCCUUACAUCGAAGGCCAGCACAAGAUCUUCUGUGGUCAGAUCUGGCCAGCCGACCAGCAAAUGUCCUACAAAUCCUACUUCCUCUUCAUCCUCAUCCUGCAGUUCGUGGGUCCCGUGGUGACCAUGUGUCUGUGCUAUGCUCAGAUCUCCAGGGAGCUGUGGUUCAAGAGCGUGCCGGGCUUUCAGACUGAUCAGAUCCGGAAGAGACUGAGAUGCCGCAGGAAGACGGUGCUAUUGCUCGUGGGCAUAUUGACCGUGUACAUCAUCUGCUGGGCACCUUACUACGGAUUCGCGGUGGUCCGGGAUUUUUACCCCACGCUCGUCUUGAAGGAGAAACAUUACCUGACAGUCUUUUACAUGGUGGAGUGCAUCGCCAUGACCAACAGCGUGAUCAACACCGUGUUCUUCGUGAUGGUCAAGAAUAACACCAUGAAGUACUUCAAGAAGAUUAUGCUGAUGAGAUGGAAGUCCACCUAUGCAGUGAGUAAAUCCACCCAGGACCAGGAUGUCAAAACAACCGCCGUGCCCAUGUCGGAAGAGGUUGACUGCAUUCAGCUCAAGUAA